UAAUGUCAGAUUGAAAGAUCCAGUUUGUGAAUAUAACAAAUGUUAAUGUGCAACAUAUGCAAGAUACACGUUUUGUUUGAAGGAAUUGUUAUUUUAUCAAUAAAAAUAUAAUGGCAUUUGAAAUUUGAUAUGUUCUCUACGUAGUAAAUUUAAUCAUUUGACAUGAGUGCUGACCAGGUAUUGUGUGCCUUGACGCCCAGCCAGGUUUCUCCACUGCAACUAGGACAACAUACUCCAAAUAGAUCAACUAUAUUUAACGAAAAUACUCCGACCAUUAAUUCAUACAAAGAAGCAGAUUCUUCGCUGGUAAUUGAUGAACCUCAUACUCCAUCAUCUACAUCAAAAGGUGUAGGCACUCCACAUAAUGCUUUAACACAUCAAACCCCUACUACGUGUGCAUUAGUUGAAGCUAAAAGUAACAUAAUUUUACAAAAUUGUGUAUCAACAGUAAAUUUAGGCUGUGAAUUGAAUUUGAAAGACAUUUAUCGACGUACUCGCAACACAGAGUAUAAUCCUAGUAGAUUUUCUGGGGUUGUAAUGAGAAUUAUAGAACCGAAGUGCACAGCUUUAAUAUUUCGAACUGGGAAACUAGUAUGCACAGGUGGAAGAAAUGAAGCUUCAAAUAAUAUUGGAGCUAGGAAAAUGGCUCGUAUUAUACAGAAGUUAGGAUUUAAUGUCCGGUUUUUAGACUUCAAAAUACAAAACUUGGUGGCAACAGUAGAUCUCAGAUUUCCUAUUCGUCUAGAGAAUUUGCAUGAAGUCCAUGCACAGUUCUGCAGCUAUGAACCUGAGCUGUUUCCUGGAUUGAUUUACAGAUUAGUAAGGCCGAGAGUUGUACUUUUAAUAUUUGUCACAGGAAAGAUAGUUUUUACAGGUGCUAAAACUCGAUCAGAUUUAGCUGAAGCCUUGGAAGUAAUUUAUCCUGUAUUAAUAAGUUUCAAGAAAAAGUAGUUUCACAAAUUAUUU